AUGGAUUCUUCUGUUUUACUUACCAAUGUUGUUGCUGCUGCAAUUGGCUUCUUCCUUCCGCAGAGAAGAUGUCCGCAAGAAUUUUUUCAGUCAUAUUCAGAAGGAGUUUCAGAGAAAAGGAAUCACAUCCGUCCUGAACUCAUAAGUGCCAUUAGAAGUUCUAAGAUCGCCAUCAUCUUGCUCUCGAGGAAUUACGCUUCUUCAAAGUGGUGUCUUGACGAACUGGUUGAGAUUAUGAAAUUAAAAGACAAAAGAAUGCUUCACAUUAAUCCAAUCUUUUACAAGGUGAGAGCACGUGACGUGCGGAGACAGACGGGUGAGUUUGGUGAUAACUUCUGGAACCUCGCAAAAGCUUCUAGUGGAUAUCAGAUCAAGAAGUGGAAGGAAGCACUGGAAUGUAUCUCCGGCAAGAUGGGUUUGUCCUUGAGAGACGAGAGGCCUGAAGCUGAUUUUAUCAAGGAAAUUGUUAAGGAGGUUGUGAGAGUUAUAGUAACAGCUAGAGUACUCAAGGAAAACGAAACUCAUUCUGAGAGAAAAAGGAGAAAGGAUUGUAAAUGUGAGCUUCCCGAUCUCAAGAGGACCAAAACCGAAAAGUUGUGA